CAUCUUCUUCAUUUUUAUUCUCUGCAACAAUACGAUCAACCCAAAAUCUCUCUCUCUCUCUCUCUAGUCUCUGCUCCGCACAACACAGAGAAGGUCAGAUGAAUAGUGUCUGCUCGAGAAUGUACAAUUUCUACUCACAGCCUGGUUAUCACAGGGCUAUUAGGAUCUUAUUCUACUCAACGGAAGCCGCGGAAGCCGUAAAACCCGUUAUACCCUCUACUUCAAGGGCGACUUCAGGGGAGAGUCUGUACAGGAGGAUUUCUCCAGUGGGUGAUCCUAAUGUUCCAAUAGCGCCAGUGCUUAAUCAGUGGAUUGAAGAAGGAAGAACUGUCAGCAAAAGAGAACUUCAAUCGAUAGUUAAGCAGCUCAGAGAUUACAGACGAUACAAUCAUGCUCUUGAGGUAUCUCAGUGGAUGAGUGAUCGUAGGUACUUUGACCUAUCCCCAGCUGACAUUUCUGUUAGGCUGGAUUUGAUUGCAAAAGUUCACGGCCUAGAACAAGCGGAAGAGUAUUUUAAUAACACUCCAAAACAUUUAAGAGUCCUCUCGACAUAUGGUGCUCUUCUCAACUGCUACACCCAUCAUAAAUCUCUGGAGAAAGCGGAGGCGCACAUGCAGAAGAUGAGGGAUUUAGGGUUUGCAAUGUCAUCGGUAACUUACAAUGUAUUGAUGAACCUAUACUCUCAAUUGGGACAGCAUGAAAAGCUAGAUAUCCUAUUUCAAGAAAUGGAAGGAAAGGGCAUUGCUCCGGACAAGUACACGUUCAGCAUUCGGCUAAGUGCAAGUAUAGCUACUUUUGAUAUUGAAGGAAUGGAGAAGAUUCUAGAGAGGAUGGAAACAGAUCCUCGGGUCAUUGUGGAUUGGAAUGCUUACGCUGUUGCUGCAGGUGGGUACAUCAAAGUUGGGUUAAUAGAUAAGGCAUUAGAAAUGCUGAAGAAAUCGGAGGAGCUGGUCACUGGUAGAAAAAGGAGGGUUGCAGUUGAUUUCUUCCUCACACUGUAUGCUGGCACAGGGAAGAAAGAAGAACUGUACCGAAUCUGGAAUCAGCACAAAACAUUAGAAAAGGUCUACAACUCUACAUAUAUGUGCAUGAUUAGUUCUCUAUUGAAGUUGGAUGACAUUGAGGGUGCCGAGAAGAUCUUGGCAGAGUGGGAAUCUGGUGGCACUUCAUACGAUUUCCGUGUUCCAAACUUGUUAAUGGCUGCUUAUUGCAAGAGGGGUCUUUGGGAGAAGGCUGAAGCAUUUAUAAACAAGGCUGCUGAGAGGGGGAAGAAGCCUUAUCCAAGUACAUGGGACCGUUUGGCUACUGCAUAUGUUGAGGAUAAUCAGAUGGCAAAAGCAGUGGGGACAAUGGGAAAGGCAAUCUUGGCUAGCAGACCAGGGUGGAAGCCAAAUUGUUCCACUUUGGCUGCUUGCCUGGAAUACUUGAAAGGGCAACAAGAUACAGAAGGGGCUGAGGAGUUCAUUAGGUUACUUAGGACCCAAGGUACCUUACCCUCCAACGCUUGUGAUGAGUUGCAGAAAUAUCUUGAAGAUGGAAAACUGGAAUCUGACACUCUUAAUCAGAUCCUAAAGGAUGCUAUUGGUGAAAGGGAAGGCAGAGAAUCCCCGAAAUGAGGUUGGAAAGCUGCAACUGGAAGUAUGAUAUGAGCUAUUUUAGAGUUCAAUUGACCAAUGAUUGUGAUGCCACUGCUAUCAUGGUCACCAAUUAACCUUUGAUAGAACAGACAAAUUGUUUGAAACUAUGGCCAUUCUAUUGAAAAAUCGUCACAGUGAAGUUCACCAAGUCAUUUUUUGGACUACAUUUCUUCUGGUGCAUCAAAUGUAAUUGUGCUGACAUGCCAACAAAUUUUAUUCUGACGUUUUGCUUUUGACAGGCCUGAGUUUGUCUGAUUGAUGGUAGCAUUUUGGAUGACCCGGGACCUGUAGGUAUUUUAGAGGUGUUUAGGGGCCAAAAAUGCAGCAUAAGCGCUUCCAAGGCUACUUGUGAUUCGUUAAAUGCCGAAUUGAACACGAUUAUUGAAGGCCUGGAGAUUCCCUGUCCCAUGGAUGGUAUGAUUUGAUCACCAAGGGAGAUUCAGCCUUGGUUAUUAAAUGGUUAUCUUCUAACAAAGGUGCACAUAGAGAUACUUGCAUCUAGUUAGGUGAGCUUGAUCUCUUGUUUCAGCUGGUAAUGACUUUUUAUCAUGGAGAUGAUGAGGUCUGCUUAUGGGUUAGCCAAGUUUGGGUUUUGUUGAUUAGUUGUAUGAUCGUAUUUGGGGCCUUAUUCCAUUCUUAUUGUAGUUUUUUGUUCUCUUAUGGUUAUGCUCUUUGGGACACUCUCUUUAAGUAUAUAUAUUUGAUGCUUUCUUUCUUUAUAAAA